AUGAAGAUGUGUGGUCCCUCGCAAGCUCGAUGUGUCGACUUCGAUCACCACCCUGGCAUCGUCAACUUCUUGGCCUCUCUUUCUGAAACUCGGAGCCAGAUACCAGCUUUAUACGCUGGUAAUGAAGGGCGAAGUUUCAUUAACGGGCAUCUCAUACCUAGAACCGAGGUGUCCGACAGCUGUCGUUAUGUCUUCUGCUUCUUGCAGAAGUUGGUUCUUGUCAACAGAAUCAAGCAUAACAGCGUUGUCCAGAAUGGAGUACUCAGCGACCAAGGUGGGCUAUAUCAUCUUGAUAAUGCUAUACUCACUCUUGCGCGGAUGGAGGAAUCUGACCUGCGCCAUCUCCGACGCUUUGCAUUCUCUAUCUGGUCGGGAUCUGGUCGCACCGUUAUCUAUCGAGACGAAGAGUACGAGAACAUCAACGACAUCUUCCUUAACGACUACGGGGCUUCGCAGAUCAAUUUCAUCAAGUCUCUGGUCGUCGACAUGAUGGACCAUCUUCCCCAGCUCGAUGAGACGUGUAUUCUUCCCACCAGGCAGCACUUAUAUCAAGGAAACGAGUGCUGGGAGACGGUUACAUCAACAGGGAGGAUCUGCAGUAUCUAG